CACCUUUCCACCUUUCACCUCUCACCCUUCGUCUUUCAUCAUUCUUUUUUUUUUCUUAUCCCCAUAUGUCAACCAGCAAAGUCACCGUUAAUCAUGGCGCAUGCUCCUGUUGAUAUUGUGAAUGGCAAUGGUAUCGCCUUGGGAGCUUCGUCUCCCAAGAAGGUAGCUUACUUCUACGAUUCUGACAUUGGCAACUUUGCCUACGUCGCGGGUCAUCCUAUGAAACCCCAUCGCAUUCGGUUGGCGCAUAGCCUUAUUAUGAACUAUGGCGUAUACAAAAAGAUGGAGAUUUAUCGCGCCAAACCUGCGACCCGACUGGAGAUGACCCAAUUUCAUACAGACGAAUACAUCGAUUUCCUCCAACGUGUCACUCCUGAGAACAUGGACAAUUUCCAGCGUGAGCAAGGGAAGUACAAUGUUGGAGAUGAUUGCCCUGUAUUUGAUGGCCUAUUUGAGUUUUGUGGCAUAAGUGCUGGUGGCAGUAUGGAGGGCGCCGCACGCCUGAAUCGACAAAAGUGCGACAUCGCAGUGAACUGGGCUGGAGGGCUGCACCACGCGAAAAAGUCCGAGGCUAGUGGCUUUUGCUACGUUAAUGAUAUCGUUCUUGGUAUUCUCGAACUCUUGCGAUUCAAUAAACGAGUACUCUACAUCGAUAUCGAUGUUCACCAUGGCGAUGGCGUCGAGGAAGCUUUCUACACAACAGACCGAGUCAUGACCGUCUCUUUUCACAAAUACGGCGAAUAUUUCCCUGGCACGGGCGAGCUUCGGGAUAUCGGAAUCGGCCAAGGGAAGUAUUAUGCUGUUAACUUCCCUCUCCGAGACGGCAUCGACGAUUCAUCUUACAAGUCUAUAUUCGAGCCCGUUAUUUCUAGUGUUAUGGAAUUCUACAACCCUGAUGCCGUUGUCCUCCAGUGUGGUGGCGACAGUCUGUCAGGCGACCGUCUCGGGUGCUUCAAUCUGAGUAUGGACGGACACGCAAAUUGUGUGAAGUUUGUGAAGAGCUUCAAUCGCCCCACCUUAGUCCUUGGCGGAGGCGGGUAUACAAUGCGGAAUGUCGCCCGCACCUGGGCUUUUGAGACGGGCUUGCUGGUAGAUGCUGAGAUGGACCGUAAACUCCCAUUUAAUGAAUAUUACGAGUACUACGGCCCAGACUACGCACUGGAUGUCCGCUCCUCCAAUAUGGAGAAUGCAAACAACCCAGAAUACCUUGAAAAGAUCAAGAACCAGCUAGUGGAGAAUCUUCGCCGAACUGCACAUGCACCCUCUGUACAGAUGCAAGAUGUGCCCCGCCAUUCGAUGGGGGCGCUCUCCGACGAGGAAGAUGCCGAAUUGGAUGACCUCGACGAAGAUGAGAAUAAGGAUGUCCGUAUGACUCAGCGACGAUGGGAGCAGCGAAUAGAACGCGACAAUGAAUACGAGGAGAGUGAUAAUGAGGACUUGGACCGGGCAAAUGGAGUUCAUCGUAACGGCAGCACUCGUCCAUCUUUCCUCGACUAUCGCAAUUCGGAUGCCGAAGCUAACAGUGGCGCUGCGACACCUGCUAACGGAAUCGUUGAUAAUGUUGUCAAGUCCAAGGAACUUGAUGACGUUGUUAUGGAGGACGUAGAUAGAGAUCUCGACCCGGAAACGGAACCUCGUGAUGUUUCGUCCAAGCCAGAUGAGAAGGAAACUGAACAAGUUAAUGCAACCAGUGUUCCUGAGCCUAAGGAGACUCCGGCUGAAGCACAAGAUGCCCCUAAUUCGACCGAGGACAGUCCAAAGAGCGAAAAGCCCGCUGCUGAAAACGGCGUGGAGACCGACAAAGUGGAGGCAACGAAAGAAACCGAUGAAGCCAUGCACGAUGAUGACGAAGCCAAAGAAAAACAACCCGUAGAGACUGCAAAGGAGCCUAGUGUAGCGCCCGAAGCUAAGAGCCCACCAGAACCUGAGAAGGUGGAUCAAGACGGUGAUAUUGAUAUGGACAUGCCCACCUCUACUGAGCCAGCGAAGGAGGAUGGCGCGGAGGUUAAGAAAGAAGAGGCAGCGGCUGAGAAGGCGGCAUCUGCUCUACCCUCAGCAGCGGCCGCUAGUCCACUCAACACGGUAGACCUGUAGGAAGUUUUAUCGAUCUGGCGUGGCCUCUAGCAAUCUUUUCUCACAAGCAAGCAAGCAAACCAGCAAGGCGCUGAUCUGGGUAUUGUAAGGAGGUUGCGCGGAGCGGAGGUCUGUAGUUUACGUUGGUAGGUCACAGGAUUUGUCACUUGAUUGGUGUAAACCAAGGUAGCUAGGCGAGCGGCGUUCAGGUUCCGGCAGCAUUGUCGAGGGAUAGAAAGACGGCCACGGCCACUUUCGCCUCGAUGUGGUUUGGCACUUCAAUAUUUGACUUGCUCUAUUAAUUCUUAUGCUACCAAAUGAGAUUGCAUUCGUAAAAUUUUAAGGCUAUCGAAGGAGACUGUGACGAGCAAUGUGAUCAUAAUUGCUCAUAGAUAUGUGAUCAUGUUAGGGGUAUUUGCCUAUACUGAUAUUAUCUGAUGUUAUGAUGGACUGUAAUGCGAAUUCAGUUAUAUA